CCCCCACCCCCUCCAUAGGAAAGCAUUAGCCAUCUCUGAGUAUCAUUCACAGGCUCGGUUCCUGCAGCCGCCGCCACCUUGGUGUCCUGAGUGGGCCGGAUUCCUCCACCCAGCCGUGUCCGGGUUCCUGGUGCAGACAUGUCUGAGCAGAGUGGCAGCCGAUACCAGCAGUUACAGAAUGAAGAGGAGCCUGUAGAAACCCCCCAGGGUGCAGCAGACGCUCCACCUCCAUACAGCAGCAUUGCUGGAGACAAUGCAGCAUUUUUUGACUACAAAGAUGAGCCUGGUUUCCCUAAGCCACCAUCUUACAAUGUGGCAACAACCUUGCCUAGUUACGAUGAAGCUGAAAGGUCAAAGGCAGAAGCCACAAUACCUCUUGUUCCUGGACGAGAUGAUGACUUUGUGGCACGGGAUGAUUUUGAGGAUGCAGAUCAGCUCAGGAUAGGCAACGAUGGGAUUUUUAUGCUCACAUUCUUUAUGGCAUUCCUUUUUAACUGGAUUGGAUUCUUCUUGUCAUUCUGCUUGACCACAUCAGCUGCUGGCAGAUAUGGGGCCAUUUCUGGAUUUGGCCUGUCCCUGAUAAAGUGGAUCUUAAUUGUCCGAUUUUCUACUUACUUUCCUGGAUAUUUUGAUGGCCAGUACUGGCUCUGGUGGGUGUUUUUGGUAUUGGGAUUCCUUCUGUUUCUCAGAGGCUUCAUUAAUUACGCAAAGGUUCGAAAGAUGCCAGACAACUUUUCCUCUCUCCCAAGAACCAGGGUUCUUUUUAUUUAUUAAAGUUGUUUGGUCCCUGCCUUCCUGCCUCUGCAAAACUCCAGAACAUAUGGACAGACUGCAUGGACACCUGCAGGAAGAGACUCAAAAUUUCAAACACCGAAGGGAAAAUAAAAAUACCUGCUUCAUUUAGAAAUUAAACAAGUCAUAAAGAAGCAGACAAAAAAAAAAGUUGAAGAAGAAAAUAAGCAUUUCUUUGUUUUUAGGUGUAAAAUUUGAAUAGUACUUGCAUAAAUAUGUUUUAUUAUUAUUCUGGAAUCAUUAGUGGCUACUGUUUAAAUCAAAGCUAUCGCAAUCAAGUUUGUGAAGUACUAAUAAAGCCUUAUAUAUUGUUAGUAAAACAAAACCAAGAACAUUGAACUGCACUCUUUAUGCCAGAAGAGGGCACUGUAAUUUCAUUCUGUUAUCCCGGUCUCUUCAUUUGACUGCCGCACAUAUGUUUUUGUGUAUCGUAUUGUGUUCAGCUUUGGGAAUGAGUUUGUCGAAGCUUCAUACGUUGAUUUUUUUUUUUUGCUGUUUCUGUUACCUAUCUGUAUAUUAUAAUUGGUCGUCUCUCAUAAGAGCGAUUUAAUCUGAAAUUUCUGAGUAUAUGAAUUAUGACACAGUUACUGGGAAACAUUAACAGUAAAAGGAAUGUAAUAAAUGCAUUUAUAUUUACUUAGAAUAAGGCAGUAACUCGUAAAAGUAUAUUUAUUAAAACCCCUAUAAUGUUUUUGCCAUCUGUUUCACAUUUGGGAAAUGUCACUUCAUUUCCUGUACACACAAUAGAAAGCGACAAAAAAUCUAUCCAACGUAAAGGGGAGAAACCCACUUAGUUUCCCCGUUUUUUAGAAGUUUUGUCUCCUAUUGAUGUUCUGGCGACAGAAUUUUGGAUUUUGGAUUUUUACUCACUUUCACUCCUUAUGACAAUGGUCUCCAAGACAAUUAGAGAGGGUGGAUCUCCUUAAUGGGGACAUGGACAGCAAUAAAAACCUUACGGGGAUUCUAACCUCUUAUCACUAAAUUCAAAACUAAAAAAACUCUGUUCUAGAAUUUCACUGCUGAAAAAUAACCCACGUAUGUUAUUUGUAUCGGACUGCACCCAUGCCUACAUUCACUAAAUGCUGCAAUUACGGGACAAGAUAAAUAUUCCUGUCCAAUUAACUGGAAGAUAACAUUGGUGAUUGUAAUGUGACACUGGAUCUGCUAUAUAGAAUUAUUAGGGGAGAAUACUCUAGUGCAGGGGUCUCUAAACUUUCUAAACAAAGGGCCAGUUUAUUGUUUAAACUCUGGGGGGGGGGCAGACUGUGUCCAGCAGGAGUAAACCAUGUCUCCUCUGUUAGGAGGAGAAAUAGUGUCCCAUCGUUGGUGUUUAGUGGAAGGAAGUGUCCCAUCGCCGGUGUCCGUGCUUCAUCAUUGGUGUCAGUGGGGGGAAUCAUGUCCUAUCACUAGUGUUAGUGGGAGGAAUAGUGCCCCGUCAUUGGUGUCAGUGAGAAGAAUAGUGUUUAGUUGUUGGUUUCAGUGGUACGAACUAUACCCCACUGUUGCUGACAGAAGAGAAAACAAUGCCCAAAGGGCCGCAGUUUGGAGACCACUGCUCUAGUGUAACAAACCCCAUGCAUUGCUCCUUGAACCACAUCAUUAAACGUUGUCCUGUUGAUAAUUGAUGUUUUUUGUUUUCUUGUAAACAUGCUACAUCAGUUACAUAGGAAAAAUAAAUGGCAGUUAUACAUAGCAUGAUAUAAUAUUUUCCCUUGAUAUGAAGAGACACCAGCUGGGAAACGAUUUGAUUGUUUGUGAUACACCUCCACUUAUUUUCACUCCAUUUUUAAUGGUAGACUCCAUCUUCAGCUUUUAGGAUUGGGAAAUCAGUAGAUUCCCACUAUAGUGGCCAAAUGAAGGCUUUAUUACUGUCCUGUUUUUCAUAGGACUUACUAAGGAGUAUUACAGUUUAUAGAAUGAUGUUGCACCUCUAAUCCCAGCUAGAUGCAUAUUGGUUGCACCAUGAUGGUAUAGACCAGUGUUUUUCAACUGCAGUCCUCAAGGUGCCCCAAAAGGGCAUAUUUUCAGGAUUUCCCUCAGAUGAAACGGUUGUGGUAAUUUCUAAAGUCAGAGGGACUUUUUCCAUAGGAAAUUCCGACCCUGUGUAUGCCCCAUCUGACUUUUUUUACGAGGAAUUUCAUCAGAGUUUAGAUAGAGAACAUGUUCUCUUUUACUCCGAUGGAAUUCCGUCGGAAUUACGAAGUUAGUUUGGCCGGGCCAAAGCCUGACCGCGUGGCAGUGAAACGGAUCAAAUCACCUGUGAGAAAUAAUGGAAAGCCUGAAUAAAAAGGCCUGUUGGGGUGCUUUGAGGACGAGUUGAGAAACGCUGGUAUAGACAGACAUCGUUUAUUAUAUGCCAAUAAGAGGGUUGUUAUUGAUGUAAAAUAUUUAAGAAUCUACCCAACACAAAUUUUACAACUUUCACUAAAAGUCCAAGUUCACCAAAUCACAGUUGCAGUAGACGUGUGCAUGGGACAAUAUCCCAACAGGGGUCCUGGACAUAAAUUAAGUCCUGAUUUGGGUAGAGUCACUGUAUAGUUUAUUGGGCAGCAGUAAUCCUAUUACUUUGAUUAAUAUUUAAGCAUGCAAUAAUAUGAUUCCUUUCCAUGCAGGGUAGGUAUUUAGUAGUCAAUGUAUUUCCUUUCUCAGCUGCAGAGUAGUAAAAAAAAAAAAAAUCGAACCCUGAAGUGCCAGUCAAAUUGGUUUCUGUGAUAUUUCACUUUUAAUCUUUUCGUACUUGAAAAUGCGGUAUAAUCAUUGGAAAUGAUUCCAGGGCAUGGUCUUCAUAAAUUGAUAAUGGCGAAACACACAUAAAUAAAACUUGCUUGAUAAACUUUAGUUAGCAUGCUGCCGGAUUAUGGCUUAGGUGUAUUCUGUUCUGUGGAUUUAUAGACCUAAAAGAGAUAUAUUCAGUUAAAAAAUAAAUAAAUACAGAUUUACACCUGACCCCUCUGUGUAACAACCCAGAAGGGUCCCUGCACACAACAUACAUCAGGAGUCUUACUCUAAGUAGAGUCUGUCACUGUUAAGUCGCGUCUGAAUAUUCAAAUGCAGUGAGAUAACAAAAGCAUAGCCAAAUGGUCACAUCAAAAUAUUCAAUCUCACCAUGGCAGGUGACAGUGGAGUAAAGCUAAUAUAUGGGCCUACUGUUGUGAGAGCUAGUAGUAGGGGACAAUAUACCUGUAACCAGGAAUUCCCUUUUUAGGGAGGUUUUUAUUUAUUUAUAUUUUGUUUAACAGAGGUUCCUUUACCUUCAUAUAUCAGCUUUGUAGCCUUUUCCACCAUCUAAGAGAUAAGAAUUAGUGACAUUUUGUGUAUGUCUCCUCUGAUCAACACAUGUGUCUAUCCAGGGUGCACAGUAUUGCACAGGAAUGAUUGUCAGGUACUGUGUAACACCUCUUUUCACUGCACAUUCUGCUGUCCCUGGACUUAACUAUUUCAACCUGCACAUUGGAACUUUAUCUGGUCUGUUAACCUGGAAAAAAUUUAAGUGUUUUUUUUUCUCCCUCUUUUUAUUUACUGUAAACAUGGGGUGGCUUGUCUGCUGUGGUUUGGGUGGGUCCAUAAAAUAUGUGUACUUUUCUUGUGCUUUUCAACUGUGUAAGCAGGAUCUUUGCAUUUUGUGUAGACUGAUAUGCACCUUUUACUUGCCGACUGGCAAUUCACUUUACAGUUUUACUAUGUUAAAAAUGUAAAUAUAGCAGAACAUUAAUAAAUGUCACUUAUGUAGCAA